AUGGCCACUGGAUCGUUGACUAGGGAUCCAGAGUCUACAGAGGAUUUAGUGAAGAAUAAGGCAGCUGACGCUCAGAGGCAUCUUCAAAUGAUUGGAGCAAAGAGUGGGAAGAAGCAAACAGAACAAAGAAACUUGGGAUAUGACACUCGAGAAGCGGAUUACAUUUACAUCCAUCAGGAUGAUGCAAAUGAGGAUUGGUUCCCUGAGGACCCAUUGGAAGCAUUCAGAGAAAUGAGGGCAUCACCUCUCAUCUCUCAGAUCUUUGAUACACAGGAAGCAAAAGAAAUAAGCAUAAUCUGCGAAUUACAAAAAAUUAAGGAUGAAGCUUCGUUGGAAUGA